AUGCAGAAUAAAUACCAGCAUGGCUCUUGAAAGCUUUCAUAGAAUAUGAACAUAUUUUUAUGGUAAAAAUGGUAAAGAAAAAGUCUUGCUGUACUAUUAAAUGUAUUUUUUGUAACAUUUGCUUACAUUCAUUUACCUGUAGUUGUGUUAUUUAAUGAGGAAUACAGUUUAUAAACAUGUUCAUUUUGUUGGCCUGCGGGAGAUAUCACAAUGCCCGGGUUUCUUAAAGUUAAAUAAUUAAUGUUUUAGGUCGGAAAAUAUGCGUCAAAUGCUCAGUUAUAAUUCGAAUCAAAGUGAUUAAACGUUCAUUAAAAGGAUAAAAUUGAAUCUAGUUUUGUUCUGGUUUGUUCAAGUAAAGAACUUGGCAUUUCUUAUAGUUCAGCAAACAAUCAUCAGUAAUUUAAAAUUAGAUACUAUUUAUCAUUGAAUAUGUAAUGCAUGCAGAUAUUUUGAAAUAUGUAUUUCGGUUAGUUAAGGUGAAAGGUACUUAAGUUUGUUAUAUGGAGCAAUAUUAAAUAACUACAGACAUAUGGUAUUCGUUUUAUAUCUUAAUGUUAUAUAGGCAAGUGCGAGGUGAGGUAGAUAUAAGAGCAGAAAAAUAAUAAAUUUAUUUGCAACAUUCUCGUUUUUAUUGUUUAUCCCUCCAUUCCAUUUUACACUUUGCCGGUUAACAGGGUCUAGUUCAGAAUGUUAAUUCUCUCAGAGUCUGAGGUGUAUCUGAUUUAGGUUUUACACACUUGCUCUCUGAAUUAAGUUCUCACUAACUCUUUACAAUGGUGGUAGAAGUUAAUAUCUACGUUAUAUUCAUAUUACUAUCUGUAUCACUUUUAAAGACUGCAAUAUAAAUAGCAUUUGAUAAUUGAUAGGAGAUAAAUUACGUUAUCACUAAAAAGAAAUACAUAUUCACCUAACUCCAAUAAGACAAAUACGCCAUGCUUUACUAUUACAUUUUAAGAAAAUAUAUACAAUUCGUUCUAAUGAUAUAUAUAAGUAUUAUCACAAUAGAAAUUAUUACUUGAAAUAAUAUACAGCAACAUUGCAAGUAUACUAUACUUUAGUUUCAGUGGCAACAGGGCAUUAGAAGUAUGCUUGCGCCUAACUUCACUCCCCCGCAUGAAAUAGACAGACUCACGCAAGCGCAUAAAUAACGGCUCAGUUCGUGUUUGAUCCACUCCUUAGGGGGUAUGUUCUGUGGCAUUCAUUGUAUCAUGCAUACAGAGACAAGCACUUGUCUCUGAUGCAUAUAAGCAUUGUUCUAUGGUAUCAUGGUAAAUAGUAGCAACAGUUCCACAGCACAAGUUCAAAGCGGACAGUGAAAUUUACUAUGAUUCCAUUACAACGUGGAGUUAUCGCUCAUUAGUAUGGGUGAUUGAAAUAAUCGCUUAGAACGUUGUCAAAUGUCAAUAAACACGACAAUAAAGUCGUCUGCCAAUUUGAUGAAAAAUCGAGCGGCAACGUAGAUAGUUAACCUCAAUUAAGGGACGCCACAAAAAAACAUAAAAAAAUGCUCUUAAAGUUAAACUUAUAAGCCUUGAUUGUUGGGCAUUAUUCAAAGAUGCUUCAGAGAUGCCCUUUUCGAAAAAGGAGCUGGAACAGAAAGUGGUUGCAUGUACAACCAUGGAUUACCUAGUGAUAUGCAAAGAGGGCUGGACUUCAAGCAAUAAUAGUCUUUUUACAUUCUUCAGCAUGGUACUGAACUUCCGGAAAGCUGCAUGAUAGAAAGGUUUUGAAACGAUAACUGGGUGUUCCGGUUGACAAAACUGACCAUUUUAAAUCAUGUGUGAGAGAAAGAGAAAGGAAGACGGUCGCCGUGAUCCUUGGCACCGCACCUAUUCUCACCACCAAUUUCUUCUGAAUAUGUGGAGGGGGAAUUGCAGUAGAGAUUUUAGGUCUGCGCUAGAAUGUAAAGUGGCUCAGUCGAGAUUACGUGUGCGCUCAAAAAACAAAUAUGCCAAAAUUGCCGGGCGGCCCAUCAAGAACGCUUUGGAGCUUGGAGCCAAAAAUGCCCAAUUCUUGGGACAAUCCCUUAGUGACUCGGGAUGUUAUCACAAUCGCAGAGGACCGCGGUUCCUUCCAAAGUCAACCGUUAGACUUGACGGUUCGGAAGGAACCUGCGGUUAACAUCGACGGGUCGGGUACAGGAACUUACCCAAGAAAGCGGGCAAGGUUGUGUUUGGAAGCAACUGGGGGACAAGGAGUCGCCCAUUCUUCGAACGUUUGGGAACGUGCGACCACGGUUUCGACGGCAACUCUUUCAGCGCCUCUGGGGUCGCAGCAAGGGGGAGCAGCAGCUCCACCCGCAGCUACCGCAGACUCCGGGCAGUCGCAAGGUAAGCGAAAAUGUUCCGGAAGUUAUGCAGAGGUCGGCUAUAAUAUCGUGCAGGACGAGGUGCUGGACUCUAAGUCAAAUAAGUACAAGGUACUUCAGUUUUUAGGCCAAGGAAGUUUUGGGCAGGUGGUGAAAUGCUCGAAGAGAGGCACUGAUGAGAUUGUCGCGAUUAAAAUUCUUAAAAACCAUCCGUAUUUUAAACAACAAGGUCUAAUCGAGAUCAGUAUCCUAUCGAAAUUGAGUGAUCGGAGUGUCAACGAUUUUAAUAUCGUUAGAGCGUAUGAGUUCUUCGAGCAUAAAGCUCAUUUAUGUUUGGUCUUUGAGAUGUUGGAGCAGAGUCUGUACGACUUUUUGAAGCAGAAUAAAUUUAGCCCUCUACCUCUGAAGUAUAUCAGGCCAAUCUUACAGCAAGUUCUCACUGCGUUGCUAAAACUGAAGCAACUUGGGAUGAUCCACACAGAUUUAAAACCUGAUAACAUUAUGCUGGUGGACCCAGUUCGCCAGCCCUACCGGGUGAAAGUGAUUGACUUUGGCUCGGCUAGCUAUGUCAGCGAACCCGUAUGUAACACUUAUUUACAAACCCGUUAUUACCGAUCCCCGGAAAUCAUCCUCGGUAUGCCAUUUUCCGAGGCUAUUGACAUGUGGUCGUUAGGUUGCGUGGGCGCUGAGCUAUUCCUAGGCUGGCCGCUCUAUCCUGGCUCAUCCGAAUAUGACCAAAUUCGAUAUAUUAGCGAGACGCAGGGCUUGCCCACUGAGGACAUGUUGAACAACGCAUCGAAAACUACGAAAUUUUUCUACAAAGAUAUGGAGAGUCCAUAUUCAUUUUGGCAGCUCAAAACUCCCGCAGAACAUGAAGCGGAAAUGGGGAUUAAGUCAAGAGAAACCCGCAAAUACAUCUUCAACUGCUUGGAGGAUAUCGGUCAAGUAAACGUUCCGACUGAUUUAGAAGGCGGGCAGUUGUUGAAGACAAAAGUGGCCCGGAGGGCAUUCAUUGACCUCCUAAAAAGGAUGCUAACUAUGGAUCAGAAUCUUCGAAUCACACCGGAGGAAGCUCUGAAACAUACAUUUAUAUAGGCGCAGCGAAGCCGUAUGUAACACUUAUUUGCAAACCCGUGAUUACCGAUCCCCGGAAAUCAUCCUCGUUAUGCCAUUUUCCGAGACAUAGACAUGUGGUCGUUCGGUUGCGUGGGCGCUGAGCUAUUCCUAGGCCGGCCUUUCCACCCUGGCUCAUCUGAAUAUGGCCAAAUUCGAUUCAUUAGCGUGACGCAGGUCUUGCCCACUGAGCACAUGUUGAACAACGCUUCGAAAACUACGAAAUUUUUCUACAAAGAUAUGGAGAGUCCAUAUUCAUUUUUGCAGCUCAAAACUCCCGCAGAACAUGAGGCGGAAGCGGGGAUUAAGUCGAGAGUAGCCCGCAGGUCAGGUAAACGUUCCGACUGAUUUACAAGGCGGGCAAUUGUUGAAGAAAAAAGUGGCUCGGAGGGACCUUCAUUGACCUCCUAAAAAAGAUGCUAACUAUGGAUCAGAAUGUUCGAAUCACACUGGAGGAAGCUCUGAAACAUACAUUUAUAUAGGCGCAGCGAAGCCGUAUGUAACACUUAUUUGCAAACCCGUGAUUACCGAUCCCCGGAAAUCAGCCUCAGUAUGCCAUUUUCCGAGGCAUAGACAUGUGGUCGUUCGGUUGCGUGGGCGCUGAGCUAUUCCUAGGCUGGCCGCUCUAUCCUGGCUCAUCCGAAUAUGGCCAAAUUCGAUAUAUUAGCGAAACGUAGGUUUUGCCCACUGAGCACAUGUUGAACAUCGCUUCGAAAACUACGAAAUUUUUCUACAAAGAUAUGGAGAAUACAUAUCCAUUUUGGCGGCUCAAAGCUCCCGCAGAACAUGAGGCGGAAACGGGGAUUAAGUCGAAAGAAGCCCGUAGGUACAUCUUCGACUGUUUGGAGGAUAUCGGUCAAAUAAACGUUUCGACUGGUUUAGAAGGCGAGCAAUUGUUGGAAAAAAAGUGGCCCGGAGGACAUUCAUUGACCUCCUAAAAAAGAUGCUACUAUGGAUCAGAAGCUUUCAAGUACACCAGAGGAAGCUCUGAAGCAUAAAUUAGUGGCGCAUUAACAUAAAAGUGUAGGGUUAAUUCGCAAUCCGUUCCGGCAUCAGUUGGUCACGAGCAUUCUGCAUCUGUCUUCGUUCACCCUCAUUCCCUCAUUUCUCUUCCCAAUCCUCCGCUUUGUUGCCAAUGAUGACAGCAAACGCCCGGAGGGUACAACGCUCUGAGGUGACAAAGCAAUUCCUUUUUUGGAACCUUUUUUUUCUUGAUUUAAGAUCCACUAUUUAUUUUAUUCAAUUUUAUUAAAAAUUUUAAAAACUUCAAAA